ACAUGAAGAAACACAAAUCCAGACUAAAAGAGCAAUUCCAGAGAAUGAAUGAAGGAAUCUCAGCUCAAGGAAGCUCAACACUUGUGAAUGAGAUCUACACAGAGCUGUACAUCACAGAGGGAGGGAGUGAAGACAUCAAUAAUGAACAUGAGGUGAGACAGAUUGAGACAGCAUCCAGAAGAUCAGAGACACAAGAAACACAAAUCAAAUGUAAUGACAUCUUUAAAGUCUCACCUCAACAAAACAAACCCAUCAGAAGUGUGCUGACUAAAGGAGUCGCUGGAAUUGGAAAAACAGUCUCUGUGCAGAAGUUCAUUCUGGACUGGACUGAAGAAAAAACAAAUCAAGAUCUUCACUUGAUAUUUCCACUUCCUUUCAGAGAACUGAAUCUGAUCAAACAGAAAAAUAUCAGUCUGAUGGAUCUUCUUCAUCAGUUCAUCACAGAUACAAAAGAACUGAGAUCAACAGACUUUGAUGAUUAUAAAGUUGUGUUUAUCUUUGAUGGUCUGGAUGAGUGUCGUCUUCCUCUAGAUUUCUCAAAGAAUCCGAGUUUGUUUGAUGUCAGAGAAUCAGCGUCAGUGGAUGUGCUGCUGACAAACCUCAUCAAGGGGAAUCUGCUUCCUUCUGCUCUGAUCUGGAUCACCUCUCGACCAGCAGCAGCCAAUCAGAUUCCUCCUGAGUGUGUUGAUCUGAUCACAGAUGUACGAGGAUUCAAUGACCCUCAGAAGGACGAGUAUUUCAGGAAGAGAAUCAAUGAUGAGAAUCUGGCCAACAGAAUCAUCACACACAUGAAAUCAUCCAGAAGUCUGUACAUCAUGUGUCACAUCCCAGUCUUCUGCUGGAUUUCAGCCACUGUUCUCCAGAGAAUGUUGAGUGAAGCAGAGAGUCAAGCACAGAUCCCCAAGACUCUCACUCAAAUGUUCACACACUUCCUGAUGUUUCAGAUCAAACUGAAGAGUCAGAAGUAUGAUGGGAAAUGUGAGGUAGAUCUUCAGCAGGCUAGAAAGAGUCUUGAGUCACUGGGAAAACUGGCUUUUCAACAGCUGGAGAAAGGGAACCUGAUCUUCUAUGAGGAGGAUCUGAGAGAGUGUGACAUUGAUGUCAGAGAAGCGUCAGUGUACUCAGGAGUUUGUACUCAGAUCUUCAGAGAAGAUUUUGGACUGAACCUGGGGAAGGUUUUCAGCUUUGUGCAUCUGAGCAUUCAGGAGUUUCUCGCUGCUUUAUUCAAGUUCUUAUUUUCGAUUCAAGAUAAAGAAAACAAGUCAAGCGUUAGUGAUUUACUGAAGAGUGAAGUGGACAAGACCUUACAGAGUGAGAAUGGACACCUGGAUCUUUAUCUCAGAUUUCUUCUGGGUCUUUCAGUGGAGUCCAAUCAGACAAUCUUACGAGAUCUGAUGACACAGACAGGAAGAAGCUCUGACAGUAAACAGGAUAUAGUCGAGUACAUUAAGAUGAAGAUCAGAGAGAAUCUCUCUCCAGAGAAAUCCAUCAAUCUGUUUCACUGUCUGAAUGAACUCAAUGAUCAUUCUCUAGAGCAGGAAGUACAAACAUAUGUGAACAGAGGAGAUGAGUCUAGUCUUACUGGAGUCCGUCUCUCUCCUGCUCAGUGGUCAGCUCUGGUGUUUGUGUUACUGAACUCAGAAGAGAAGCUGGAUGAGUUUAAUCUGAGGAAAUAUGAUCCAUCAGAUAAAUGUCUUCUGAGGCUUCUGCCAGUGAUCAAAGCAUCCAGAACAGCUGAUCUGAGUGACUGUAAUCUGACAGAGAAAAGUUGUUCAUCACUGGCGUCAGUUCUCAGAUCAAACUCCUCAAGUCUGACAGAACUGAACCUGAGUAACAAUAAACUGAAGGAUUCAGGAGUGAAGCUGCUCUCUGAUGGACUGAAGAAUACAAACUGUAAACUGAAGACACUAAAUCUGUCUGGUUGCAGUAUUGGAUCUGAAGGUUGUGUUGCUCUGACUUCAGCUCUGAGAUCAAACCCCUCACAUCUGACACAACUGGAUCUGAGUAGAAAUAAUCCAGAAGAUUCAGGAGUGAAGCUGCUCUCUGAUCUACUGAAGGAUCCACACUGUCAACUACAGACACUACUGUGA